AUGUUCUCAAGAGAAACCUUUAUUCAUGAUGCUGAAUUGGAUAUCGUCGUACCAAAUGACACAUUAAUAUGCAAUGAAGAAAAGAUCGAUGAUGUCAUUUUCGCUCAACAAAGAACUCAAACUUAUUAUGAUGAAAUCCUCCAUUUUUAUUUGAUAAUAACUCUACCACCCGAAUCAAAUCUCGCGAAUAAAGAUGAAGCAAUUAAUUUCUUUAAAAAACUCGACGUUACGUUAGAAACAACCUUAACCGGUACUACAAAUUAUUCAUCACAAUUGGUUUAUCUUAAUCCUUCACCAUUAUCCUCUGUUAGUGGGUAUGAUACAAGAUCGAGAUCAAAUUCAGAUGCUACAUCUCCUUCUGUACCUGGUACUCCUAUAAGUAUUUACAGUUCAAAUUCUACGUGUGAUAAAAAAAUUUCUGGUAAAGUUACCGAUGGAAUUAUUAUUUAUUCUGCUCAAUGCAAUUCAAAGAAAAAAAAUAAUAAUAAAAUGGUGGUAGUUGAAAGAAAUGAUUGUUGGAUUUGCGUUUUGCCUUUAUCUUCACCUGUGGUUUAUGCAAAAUCGUGUGUUCAAAGUCCCGCGAUUGCAUUAAACAUUACCGUUACACAAAUCCCGGUUUCUAGAGAAAUCGUUGAUUCAGAUUUGUAUUCCAUGGAAAAUUUUGGUAUCAACUUGCUAGAAGGCUUAAAUGAUGACCCGGCAUUUGAAUCGUUGAAUACGUCAUGUUCAAUUUCAGCAACAUCGACAAAACGAACAAGCAUUUAUUCUGCAUUACCUUCAACAUAUAUUAAAAGGUGCUCACGUAAAGUACUUUCGGUAAAAUCAGCAUUAAAUGUUCGUAUGAGAACAACAAGCAUCUCGCCAUUGGAAAAUUCCCUAAUGAUGUCCAUUGAAUUAGAAAACAAUAUUGAAAACAAUAGUGUUUUCACUAUUGAUGAUGUCAAAGUCGAAGUUACCCAUGGUAUUGUCACCAGAUAUACUUGGGGAUUUUCCAAUGAUAAGUUUCCGAUUUCAUUACAACCAAUAGAUCAAGCAACUUUCUUGUAUAGUAUAACAAUUUUGGAAGAUCCUUCAUUCCCAAAACCUACAAACGCCACACAACUUUGUCCAACACCUUCACAUUUAAAAUCAUCAAAAAGUGAUUCAAUCGCAUCAAUUCAUUCAUUAAACGCGUCACCAGUUGAAAAUAAACAACGAUCUCUUUCAAUAACAAUAAAAGGAUGUCCAAUGAUUGACGGAGUUAAAUCACCGUUUAUAGAAUCAAAAUGGAACUGCACUUUAGAUUUACCAACUUUAUUAAAAUCCGAUGAUUUAACGGCUUCAUCUUAUUUAGGAGGAAUGAAAACUCCAUCAACUUUAAGUACAAGAAGUUCACUUUAUUUACCCAAAACUCCUCACAGCAUUAUGAAUGAUUCGCCCAUUUUAAAACAUAAAUCUUUUGAUGUUGAUGGAAUUAAUGGAAUUUUAUCUAAUGGAAGAUUACCAAUUUUACAGAAACAGAGCAAUAAUGCGAAUGUUUGUGAUGACGUUGUUGUCUCUUUUGUAGUUGACGGUAACCCUGUGGUAGGUCAAGUAUUUAUCGUAAAUGCAUUUAUAGUGAAUAAAUCAAGCCAUUCUAGAAGUUUUACAAUUAUGGUUCCAAACAAAAAAAGAUCUAAUGAAAAGUCACUAAAAAUUCAAUCACAACUAUCAAAUAAAACUUUAUCAAGUACUGAAACGUAUAUAACUUUAAUUGAAAAUAAUCAUGAGGACAUAAAACCUUUAGAAGAUCCAUUCAUGGAUGAAACAGAAUUUUUAAGAAAAAAUUGGGAAUUCGAAACCUCUGAUUCCGAUUUAAUUUGCUUAGAUAAUAAUGUCAGAAUUAGUCCAAUAAAUCCAUGCACGAGUGAAUCAGUAGCAUUGCAUUUUAUAUCAACAAAAGAGGCAUUACAUUUCAUUGAAUUAAUACAGCUAGUUGAUAAUGAUACUGGAUUUAUAACGAAUUUAAGAAAAGUUAUUCAAGUUUAUGUUGAAAAAUCUGCAAGAUGA